AUGUCUGCCAUUGAGCAGUUCCAAACUACCGGGGAGGAAGAGAAGGAGCGCAACGCACGCCCUCCUCGUUGGAAGGAGAGGAGGAGGAGGAGGAGGAGGAAGUGGGCGGCGCAAGAGGGCCGUCACGUGGCCCGGGAUCGCAGCAUGGCCGGAGAGGAGGUUGCUCGCGAGCAGGCGGCGGCCGCCGCGACUCAGUCCGCAGCCGGCAAGCGAGAGCCAUGUGGCGGCGGAGAGGGCAGCUGCUGCCCUGUCCCGCCCCGUUACAUCUGCUCCUUCCCGGACUGCGAGGCCACCUUCAACAGGGCCGGGAAGCUGCAGGAGCACUUUUGCAAACACACCGGGGAGCGACCCUUUGUUUGUGAUUAUGAAGGCUGUGGUAAAAGGUUCACAAGAAACUUCCAUCUUAGGCGCCAUUUUCUUGUACACACCGAAGAAAAGCAAUUUAUGUGUACAAUUGAUGGCUGCAAUAAAAAAUUUGCAACAAGAUCAAACUUGAAUAAGCACAUGGGAUGCAAACAUAACAAUCGCCAGUAUGUGUGUGACUUUGAAAACUGUGGGAAGUUUUUUAAAAAACACCAGCAGUUAAAAAUUCAUCAGUGUCAACAUACUGGAGAGCGAUUCUUCAAAUGUAGUCACCAAGGAUGCGGAGAGCGCUUUUCUAUGCCUCAUCAGUUAAAACGCCACGAAAAGACCCAUGAAGGCUAUACAUGCAAAAAAGAUGGCUGUUCGUUUAUCGGGAAAACAUGGUCACAGCUCCGGAAACAUGCAAAAACUGGACAUGUCGAACCAGUAGUCUGCAUUGUUUGUGCCAAAACAUUUACCCGUAAAGAUUACCUCAGAUGCCACCAAAAAAUUCAUGCCUUGGAGAGGGAUGUGUUCAGAUGUCCAAGAGACGGCUGUGGAAGGACUUAUACCACCGUGUUCAAUCUUCAGAGCCAUAUUGUCUCUUUCCAUGAGGAGAAAAGGCCAUUCUCAUGUGACCACCCUGGCUGUGGAAAAGCCUUCGCAAUGAAACAAAGUCUCGUAAGGCAUGCCAUUGUACAUGACCCAGAGAAGAGGAAGCUGAAUUUAAAGAAACAGCGUCCCAAGCGGAGUCUGGCCUCUCGCCUCAGUGGCUACAUUCCACCUAAAGCACAGCAAAGAAAUGAACUGGCAAUAGAUGAGACUUUGACCGCACAAAACAAUGUGAAGAAUACCCUGCCAGCUGUUGAAACACUGUGUCUAGACUAGAGUUGUAGAUGAGUUUCAUGCACAUGAAUGGCUUUAUGAAGUCACUGUUGGUAAGUUUGCAGCCUGUACAGAAAACUCAAUUUGUUCUGAAAUGUUUCCACUUUGUAUUAAAA